AUGAGCCGAGCGCCCAUUCACCAAGCUGAGAGAAUGUACUGCCGCUCGGGACUCCAUCGUCACCAAGCUCCAUCUCCAGGUCACAAGGCCUGGGGCGGCCGAGUCCAAGGUUCUGGCGCCCAGUGUUUUUGUGGAAAUUGCGGUCCUAUCCUCAGGACAGAGGCGGAUGUCGCUGGCUCUGCCCGUGCAUACGACUCUCAGCUGCGCAAGGAGCAGAUGUUCCUUGGACCAGGGGCCGCGGUCAGCUUCGCCAGCCGCGAAGUGGUUAGAUCCCCCUCGGAAUCUUGCCCUCGUCUGCACCGAUCGCCAAUGGAGCCCUCGUAUAAGAAGGAGCCAAAGCCUUUUUUGCAUCUCAAGGCACAGUACGAACGCGAGAAUCGGAACUGGGCCGGGCUUGUAUCCUCGAGCCAAGGGGAGCGCCGCAACCCCUGGUGGCUCGGAAGUCACAGGCUAGAGCGCCUAGUCUCACGGGCUAAGGCCGUAGUAUCAGGCAAAUUGGGUGGCAAGCUGGCAAUUGCUUGCUUUGCUAUCGAGAUUUGGCUUUCGGCAGCCCUUCUUUUUGGCUUUGCGCCAAGUGUAAGCCUCCCCCUUUCGUAUCCAUUGGGCGUUGAUGCUGGCGGAUAUUCGUGA